AUGUCAGAAUGGGCUUGGGACUAUACAAGAGAAACAGAAUUGGCCGAAAUAAUCCUCAAGAAUAAACCAAACAAAACAAUAAAAAUAGGAACUUUCGAUGAAUGGAAACAAUACUCCCCUCCAAGAAAGUUCUCUACUUGUUACCGUUCCAAAAACGAGGACAGCUUUGAGCUCUUUCAAAGAGUAAUCAUGCUCUCUGGAAGCGCUCUUGCAAAUUGGGCUUUCGCCAACGACCCAGUCACAAAAGCAGAAUUCUUCGCGAAGCAACUUGGCUGUCCGAUAAAAUUCAACGUCACAGAGACGAUCGAAUGUCUCCAGUCAAAGUCAACAUGGUCCGAUUUUGUCGAAAUUGAUAUGAAGAUGUUUGGCAACGAUUUUUCGCCCAUCUGGGGACCUGUUCUAGACGGCGUUGUGCUCAGUUCAGAUCCAAAUAGCGGAAGUCCUCUUCAAAGAAUGCAGAGUGGAGAAUACUUCGACUAUGAGGUUCUUGUUGGAGUCGACCAAGGGGAAGGGAUCUUCUUUGUCCCACAAUCGUCGCAGUACAAUUACGAUCAAUCCAGCGACAAUUCUGAUCAGAGCUGGACAAAACUUCUGAAUAAGCUGAUCCGAACAAACUUUAAGUCCCUUCCUUCCGCUUCUUACAUCUCCAACGUCGUCGAUUUCGUCUACAGCGGCUGGAACAGCAACACCACCAAGCUUACCCCGCGACAGAAAGGCCUCCAAAUGUUCUCCGACUUUGGCUGGACAUCGAACGCCGUCCGCACGGCUGAGCUACAUUCCGGGCUCAACUAUGACACGUUCGUUUACUUAUUCGACCAUCGAAUGGGCUCCGAAUCAUAUCGACCGUCAGAGCUUGACCGCGCCGGUACUAAUCAGGCGAUAGCAUUCUUAUUCGGAAUACCAUUUUAUGGAAAAGACACCUUCGCACCCGGUUUUGAUUCCAUCGUGUGGUCGCCUGAGGAGAAGACGUUAAGCUGUUCAAUGAUGACAUAUUUUGCUAACUUCAUUAAUUAUGGUGAUCCGUCUCCGAGAGGGUCAGAUAAAAUGAUUCAAAACAACAAAUGCAUUGUUGGCGAGCGAUUUUGGCCAAGAAAUCUCUAUUCUGGAAUAUCCUGGCCUAAAUUUACCCCUUCGACUCGGAAAACCAUGGAGUUCUCACUGAGAGGAUCGAAACUGUACCGUGACUCGCCACCUGUAGAACGAACACUUGUAGAUUACGCGUCUCAAAGAAUGAAGCUCUGGAACAGUCUGAUUCCAAAAAUGAUGGAGCCUGUUCAAAAGGCAAAGAUCAACUUUCCAAGCAACUCUUUCAACCCAGAGCCGACAGAUGAGACAGCGACCAUUGCCGACGAUUUGAAGAGCAUGAACAAUGUGACGAUUAUUAGUUUUGAAGAGAAGCUACAGGAAGAAGCAGACAAGGAGGUUGGUGUUGGGCUGGAGAUUUCAGUCACACUGUCGAUCGGACUUUUGCUUUUCAUCAUAAAUGCCUGUGCUUUCCUCCAGAUGGCGAUCAAAAAGCGAAGAGAGAAGAAGAAUUUUAGAGCAAAGAUCGAGACGGAGCUCGAAGCAUUCGUCAGCUUCAACUCGUAA